UCCUCAUCCGCGACAUUUUGUCUCGGUUCCUAAGCAGAUGCCGCAGUUGUCACGAAGAGGAGAAGGCUGUUAUCGAUAACGGUUGGAACCGCACCGAACAGAACGGGCAUGAUUCAGAUGAAGGAUCGGGGGCGAUCUUCCCGAAGAACAAUACCCGUUAGAUUGACGUAAUAAUAAGGAGUUAUUAUGCGACCGUUAUUGCCGUGAGACAGCUCUCCUGUGGUGCAGUUCCCGGUAGCGGCAUGGUCUACGCCCAAUCAACAGACAGCAUCAAGCCCUCCCUCCUGUCCCUCCUCUCUCCCUCCUUUACCCUCCCCAUGACCUUUAACCUCUCAGACAAUGGCAACACCAGCUCAGCCACACCCUUCCUCUAUAACCACGAUGCCCUCUCCUCCUCCUCCUCUUCCUCCUCCGGCCUCCAGAACACCACCCAGGUGUCGUAUGAACUCACCCCAGCGGAGGUGGCUGUUCUGGGGCUGGUGUUCAGUCUCCUGUGGCUGGUCUCCAUCCUGGGUAAUGCUCUAGUGUGUGUGGUGAUCCACCGUAGCAGAAGAAGUCAGUCCACUACUAACUACUUUGUGGUGUCCAUGGCCUGCGCUGAUCUGUUGUUGUCCCUGGGCUGCGCUCCCUUCAUCCUCCUCCAGGUGACCUGCGGAGGCUGGCCUCUCAGCGCUGCCGCCUGUAAGGCUGUUCGUUACCUGCAGCACCUGUGUCCUGGUGUCCAGGUGUAUGUUCUGCUGUCCAUCUGCGUGGACCGCUUCUACACCAUCGUGUACCCACUAAGUUUCAAGGUGUCCAGGGAGAAAGCGAAGAGGAUGAUCCUGGCCUCCUGGAUGUUGGACGCCGCUUUCGUCUCUCCUUGUCUUUUCUUCUACGGCUCGGAGGCGGCGGCGGCGGACGGGGGCGGGCACUGCGACUUCUUCCUGCCGGCGGGAAGCUGGGACGGCGUGGUGUACGGUUCCGCCCACCUGCUCCUGGGGUUGCUGGUCCCGGCCGUCCUCAUCGCGUGGUUCUACCAGCGUGUGGUCCGCUACAUCUGGAGGAUGGGCGCAGACGGACACACGGUCAGGAGAACCAUGAACAUCGUCCCCAGGACCAAGGUGAAGACCAUCAAGAUGUUUCUCAUGCUGAACGUGGUGUUCCUCGUCACCUGGACUCCCUUCUACGUGGUCCAGCUGUGGCACCCUAGUGAGGCCCCGGGCCCCAGCCGACAAGGGGCUCUGGUCUUCUGCUGUGUGGUGUGGGUGUCGUUCAGCUCCGCCGCCUCCAAACCGUCCCUCUACUCCGUCUACAACGCUAACUUCAGACGCGGCAUGAGGGAGACCUUCUGCACGUCCUCUAUGAAGUGUUACCGUAGCAACGCCUACACCAUCACCGCCAGCUCCCGCGUGGCCAAGAACAACUACGUGGGCGUGGUGGACGUCCCCGUGGCGACCAAGACGACGCUCACCAAAGACUCCGUCUACGACACGUUUGACCGCGAGGCCAAGGAGAAGAAGCUGGCCUGGCCAAUCAGAGCCAACCCUCCCAACACCUUCGUCUGAUAGGUGGGGAGGGAGAGGGUUUAACUACCAAUCAGAGCCAACCCUCCCAACAUCAUCUGAUAGGAGGGGAGGGAGAGGGUAUAACUACCAAUCAGAGCCAACCCUCCCAACACCGUCGUCUGAUAGGAGGGGAGGGAGAGGGUUUAACUACCAAUCAGAGCCAACCCUCCCAACAUCAUCUGAUAGGAGGGGAGGGAGAGGGUAUAACUACCAAUCAGAGCCAACCCUCCCAACACCGUCGUCUGAUAGGUGGGGAGGGAGAGGGUUUAACUACCAAUCAGAGCCAACCCUCCCAACAUCAUCUGAUAGGAGGGGAGGGAGAGGGUAUAACUACCAAUCAGAGCCAACCCUCCCAACACCGUCGUCUGAUAGGAGGGGAGGGAGAGGGUAUAACUACCAAUCAGAGCCAACCCUCCCAACACCAUCUGAUAGGAGGGGAGGGAGAGGGUAUAACUACCAAUCAGAGCCAACCCUCCCAACACCGUCGUCUGAUAGGAGGGGAGGGAAACAGGGUUUAACUAUUGACGCUACAUUCCUGAGGAUGACAAAGUACAGAUACUCCAAAAAACGACUUAAGUUGUGCUUUAAAUAAUUUUUAGUUAAGUAAAUGGUUCUGAAUCCCCUGUCUGUCUGCUACAGUCUGUUAACAUGUCUAUGGUUCAGACUCCCCUGUCUGUCUGUUAACAUGUCUAUGGUUCUGACUCCCCUGUCUGUCUGUUAACAUGUCUAUGGUUCUGACUCCCCUGUCUGUCUGUUAACAUGUCUAUGGUUCUGACUCCCCUGUCUGUCUGUUAACAUGUCUAUGGUUCUGACUCCCCUGUCUGUCUGCUAACAUGUCUAUGGUUCUGACUCCCCUGUCUGUCUGCUAGUCUGUUAACAUGUCUAUGGUUCUGACUCCCCUGUCUGUCUGCUAACAUGUCUAUGGUUCUGACUCCCCUGUCUGUCUGCUACAGUCUGUUAACAUGUCUAUGGUUCUGACUCCCCUGUCUGUCUGUUAACAUGUCUAUGGUUCUGACUCCCCUGUCUGUCUGUUAACAUGUCUAUGGUUCUGACUCCCCUGUCUGUCUGUUAACAUGUCUAUGGUUCUGACUCCCCUGUCUGUCUGUUAACAUGUCUAUGGUUCUGACUCCCCUGUCUGUCUGUUAACAUGUCUAUGGUUCUGACUCCCCUGUCUGUCUGCUACAGUCUGUUAACAUGUCUAUGGUUCUGACUCCCCUGUCUGUCUGUUAACAUGUCUAUGGUUCUGACUCCCCUGUCUGUCUGUUAACAUGUCUAUGGUUCUGACUCCCCUGUCUGUCUGCUACAGUCUGUUAACAUGUCUAUGGUUCUGACUCCCCUGUCUGUCUGCUACAGUCUGUUAACAUGUCUAUGGUUCUGACUCCCCUGUCUGUCUGUUAACAUGUCUAUGGUUCUGACUCCCCUGUCUGUCUGUUAACAUGUCUAUGGUUCUGACUCCCCUGUCUGUCUGCUACAAUCUGUUAACAUGUCUAUGGUUCUGACUCCCCUGUCUGUCUGCUAACAUGUCUAUGGUUCUGACUCCCCUGUCUGUCUGCUAACAUGUCUAUGGUUCUGACUCCCCUGUCUGUCUGCUACAGUCUGUUAACAUGUCUAUGGUUCUGAGUCCCCUGUCUGUCUGAUAACAUGUCUAUGGUUCUGAAUCCCCUGUCUGUCUGCUACAGUCUGUUAACAUGUCUAUGGUUCUGAAUCCCCUGUCUGUCUGCUACAGUCUGUUAACAUGUCUAUGGUUCUGACUCCCCUGUCUGUCUGCUACAGUCUGUUAACAUCUCUAUGGUUCUGACUCCCCUGUCUGUCUGUUAACAUGUCUAUGGUUCUGAAUCCCCUGUCUGUCUGUUAACAUGUCUAUGGUUCUGACUCCCCUGUCUGUCUGCUACAGUCUGUUAACAUGUCUAUGGUUCUGACUCCCCUGUCUGUCUGCUACAGUCUGUUAACAUGUCUAUGGUUCUGAGUCCCCUGUCUGUCUGUUAACAUGUCUAUGGUUCUGACUCCCCUGUCUGUCUGUUAACAUGUCUAUGGUUCUGACUCCCCUGUCUGUCUGCUACAGUCUGUUAACAUGUCUAUGGUUCUGACUCCCCUGUCUGUCUGUUAACAUGUCUAUGGUUCUGACUCCCCUGUCUGUCUGCUACAGUCUGUUAACAUGUCUAUGGUUCUGACUCCCCUGUCUGUCUGUUAACAUGUCUAUGGUUCUGACUCCCCUGUCUGUCUGCUACAGUCUGUUAACAUGUCUAUGGUUCUGACUCCCCUGUCUGUCUGUUAACAUGUCUAUGGUUCUGACUCCCCUGUCUGUCUGUUAACAUGUCUAUGGUUCUGACUCCCCUGUCUGUCUGCUACAGUCUGUUAACAUGUCUAUGGUUCUGACUCCCCUGUCUGUCUGUUAACAUGUCUAUGGUUCUGACUCCCCUGUCUGUCUGUUAACAUGUCUAUGGUUCUGACUCCCCUGUCUGUCUGCUACAAUCUGUUAACAUGUCUAUGGUUCUGACUCCCCUGUCUGUCUGCUAACAUGUCUAUGGUUCUGACUCCCCUGUCUGUCUGCUAACAUGUCUAUGGUUCUGACUCCCCUGUCUGUCUGCUACAGUCUGUUAACAUGUCUAUGGUUCUGAGUCCCCUGUCUGUCUGAUAACAUGUCUAUGGUUCUGAAUCCCCUGUCUGUCUGCUACAGUCUGUUAACAUGUCUAUGGUUCUGAAUCCCCUGUCUGUCUGCUACAGUCUGUUAACAUGUCUAUGGUUCUGACUCCCCUGUCUGUCUGCUACAGUCUGUUAACAUCUCUAUGGUUCUGACUCCCCUGUCUGUCUGUUAACAUGUCUAUGGUUCUGAAUCCCCUGUCUGUCUGUUAACAUGUCUAUGGUUCUGACUCCCCUGUCUGUCUGCUACAGUCUGUUAACAUGUCUAUGGUUCUGACUCCCCUGUCUGUCUGCUACAGUCUGUUAACAUGUCUAUGGUUCUGAGUCCCCUGUCUGUCUGUUAACAUGUCUAUGGUUCUGACUCCCCUGUCUGUCUGUUAACAUGUCUAUGGUUCUGACUCCCCUGUCUGUCUGCUACAGUCUGUUAACAUGUCUAUGGUUCUGACUCCCCUGUCUGUCUGUUAACAUGUCUAUGGUUCUGACUCCCCUGUCUGUCUGCUACAGUCUGUUAACAUGUCUAUGGUUCUGACUCCCCUGUCUGUCUGUUAACAUGUCUAUGGUUCUGACUCCCCUGUCUGUCUGCUACAGUCUGUUAACAUGUCUAUGGUUCUGACUCCCCUGUCUGUCUGUUAACAUGUCUAUGGUUCUGACUCCCCUGUCUGUCUGUUAACAUGUCUAUGGUUCUGACUCCCCUGUCUGUCUGCUACAAUCUGUUAACAUGUCUAUGGUUCUGACUCCCCUGUCUGUCUGCUAACAUGUCUAUGGUUCUGACUCCCCUGUCUGUCUGCUAACAUGUCUAUGGUUCUGACUCCCCUGUCUGUCUGCUACAGUCUGUUAACAUGUCUAUGGUUCUGAGUCCCCUGUCUGUCUGUUAACAUGUCUAUGGUUCUGACUCCCCUGUCUGUCUGUUAACAUGUCUAUGGUUCUGACUCCCCUGUCUGUCUGUUAACAUGUCUAUGGUUCUGACUCCCCUGUCUGUCUGUUAACAUGUCUAUGGUUCUGACUCCCCUGUCUGUCUGCUACAGUCUGUUAACAUGUCUAUGGUUCUGAAUCCCCUGUCUGUCUGCUACAGUCUGUUAACAUGUCUAUGGUUCUGAAUCCCCUGUCUGUCUGCUACAGUCUGUUAACAUGUCUAUGGUUCUGAAUCCCCUGUCUGUCUGUUAACAUGUCUAUGGUUCUGAAUCCCCUGUCUGUCUGCUACAGUCUGUUAACAUGUCUAUGGUUCUGAAUCCCCUGUCUGUCUGCUACAGUCUGUUAACAUGUCUAUGGUUCUGAAUCCCCUGUCUGUCUGCUAACAUGUCUAUGGUUCUGACUCCCCUGUCUGUCUGUUAACAUGUCUAUGGUUCUGACUCCCCUGUCUGUCUGUUAACAUGUCUAUGGUUCUGACUCCCCUGUCUGUCUGCUACAGUCUGUUAACAUGUCUAUGGUUCUGACUCCCCUGUCUGUCUGCUACAGUCUGUUAACAUGUCUAUGGUUCUGACUCCCCUGUCUGUCUGUUAACAUGUCUAUGGUUCUGACUCCCCUGUCUGUCUGCUACAGUCUGUUAACAUCUCUAUGGUUCUGACUCCCCUGUCUGUCUGUUAACAUGUCUAUGGUUCUGAAUCCCCUGUCUGUCUGUUAACAUGUCUAUGGUUCUGACUCCCCUGUCUGUCUGCUACAGUCUGUUAACAUGUCUAUGGUUCUGACUCCCCUGUCUGUCUGCUACAGUCUGUUAACAUGUCUAUGGUUCUGAGUCCCCUGUCUGUCUGUUAACAUGUCUAUGGUUCUGACUCCCCUGUCUGUCUGUUAACAUGUCUAUGGUUCUGACUCCCCUGUCUGUCUGCUACAGUCUGUUAACAUGUCUAUGGUUCUGACUCCCCUGUCUGUCUGUUAACAUGUCUAUGGUUCUGACUCCCCUGUCUGUCUGCUACAGUCUGUUAACAUGUCUAUGGUUCUGACUCCCCUGUCUGUCUGUUAACAUGUCUAUGGUUCUGACUCCCCUGUCUGUCUGCUACAGUCUGUUAACAUGUCUAUGGUUCUGACUCCCCUGUCUGUCUGUUAACAUGUCUAUGGUUCUGACUCCCCUGUCUGUCUGUUAACAUGUCUAUGGUUCUGACUCCCCUGUCUGUCUGCUACAAUCUGUUAACAUGUCUAUGGUUCUGACUCCCCUGUCUGUCUGCUAACAUGUCUAUGGUUCUGACUCCCCUGUCUGUCUGCUAACAUGUCUAUGGUUCUGACUCCCCUGUCUGUCUGCUACAGUCUGUUAACAUGUCUAUGGUUCUGAAUCCCCUGUCUGUCUGCUACAGUCUGUUAACAUGUCUAUGGUUCUGACUCCCCUGUCUGUCUGCUAACAUGUCUAUGGUUCUGACUCCCCUGUCUGUCUGCUACAGUCUGUUAACAUGUCUAUGGUUCUGACUCCCCUGUCUGUCUGUUAACAUGUCUAUGGUUCUGACUCCCCUGUCUGUCUGUUAACAUGUCUAUGGUUCUGACUCCCCUGUCUGUCUGUUAACAUGUCUAUGGUUCUGACUCCCCUGUCUGUCUGUUAACAUGUCUAUGGUUCUGACUCCCCUGUCUGUCUGUUAACAUGUCUAUGGUUCUGACUCCCCUGUCUGUCUGCUACAGUCUGUUAACAUGUCUAUGGUUCUGAAUCCCCUGUCUGUCUGCUACAGUCUGUUAACAUGUCUAUGGUUCUGAAUCCCCUGUCUGUCUGCUACAGUCUGUUAACAUGUCUAUGGUUCUGAAUCCCCUGUCUGUCUGUUAACAUGUCUAUGGUUCUGACUCCCCUGUCUGUCUGUUAACAUGUCUAUGGUUCUGACUCCCCUGUCUGUCUGUUAACAUGUCUAUGGUUCUGACUCCCCUGUCUGUCUGCUAGUCUGUUAACAUGUCUAUGGUUCUGACUCCCCUGUCUGUCUGCUACAGUCUGUUAACAUGUCUAUGGUUCUGACUCCCCUGUCUGUCUGCUACAGUCUGUUAACAUGUCUAUGGUUCUGACUCCCCUGUCUGUCUGCUACAGUCUGUUAACAUCUCUAUGGUUCUGACUCCCCUGUCUGUCUGUUAACAUGUCUAUGGUUCUGACUCCCCUGUCUGUCUGUUAACAUGUCUAUGGUUCUGACUCCCCUGUCUGUCUGCUACAGUCUGUUAACAUGUCUAUGGUUCUGAAUCCCCUGUCUGUCUGCUACAGUCUGUUAACAUGUCUAUGGUUCUGACUCCCCUGUCUGUCUGCUACAGUCUGUUAACAUGUCUAUGGUUCUGACUCCCCUGUCUGUCUGUUAACAUGUCUAUGGUUCUGACUCCCCUGUCUGUCUGCUACAGUCUGUUAACAUGUCUAUGGUUCUGACUCCCCUGUCUGUCUGCUACAGUCUGUUAACAUGUCUAUGGUUCUGACUCCCCUGUCUGUCUGCUACAGUCUGUUAACAUGUCUAUGGUUCUGACUCCCCUGUCUGUCUGUUAACAUGUCUAUGGUUCUGACUCCACUGUCUGUCUGUUAACAUGUCUAUGGUUCUGACUCCCCUGUCUGUCUGUUAACAUGUCUAUGGUUCUGACUCCCCUGUCUGUCUGCUACAGUCUGUUAACAUGUCUAUGGUUCUGACUCCCCUGUCUGUCUGUUAACAUGUCUAUGGUUCUGACUCCCCUGUCUGUCUGCUACAGUCUGUUAACAUGUCUAUGGUUCUGACUCCCCUGUCUGUCUGUUAACAUGUCUAUGGUUCUGACUCCCCUGUCUGUCUGUUAACAUGUCUAUGGUUCUGACUCCCCUGUCUGUCUGUUAACAUGUCUAUGGUUCUGACUCCCCUGUCUGUCUUUUAACAUGUCUAUGGUUCUGACUCCCCUGUCUGUCUGUUAACAUGUCUAUGGUUCUGACUCCCCUGUCUGUCUGCUAACAUGUCUAUGGUUCUGACUCCCCUGUCUGUCUGCUACAGUCUGUUAACAUGUCUAUGGUUCUGACUCCCCUGUCUGUCUGUUAACAUGUCUAUGGUUCUGACUCCCCUGUCUGUCUGCUACAGUCUGUUAACAUGUCUAUGGUUCUGACUCCCCUGUCUGUCUGCUACAGUCUGUUAACAUGUCUAUGGUUCUGACUCCCCUGUCUGUCUGUUAACAUGUCUAUGGUUCUGACUCCCCUGUCUGUCUGUUAACAUGUCUAUGGUUCUGACUCCCCUGUCUGUCUGUUAACAUGUCUAUGGUUCUGACUCCCCUGUCUGUCUGCUACAGUCUGUUAACAUGUCUAUGGUUCUGACUCCCCUGUCUGUCUGUUAACAUGUCUAUGGUUCUGACUCCCCUGUCUGUCUGCUACAGUCUGUUAACAUGUCUAUGGUUCUGACUCCCCUGUCUGUCUGCUACAGUCUGUUAACAUGUCUAUGGUUCUGACUCCCCUGUCUGUCUGUUAACAUGUCUAUGGUUCUGACUCCCCUGUCUGUCUGUUAACAUGUCUAUGGUUCUGACUCCCCUGUCUGUCUGCUACAGUCUGUUAACAUGUCUAUGGUUUUGACUCCCCUGUCUGUCUGCUACAGUCUGUUAACAUGUCUAUGGUUCUGACUCCCCUGUCUGUCUGUUAACAUGCGUGUGGUAGGAUGUCUAUGACCCUGUUAACAUGCGUGUGGUAGGAUGUCUAUGACCCUGUUAACAUGUGUGUGGUAGGAUGUCUAUGACCCUGUUAACAUGUGUGUGGUAGGAUGUCUAUGACCCUGUUAACAUGCGUGUGGUAGGAUGUCUAUGACCCUGUUAACAUGCGUGUGGUAGGAUGUCUAUGACCCUGUUAACAUGCGUGUGGUAGGAUGUCUAUGACCCUGUUAACAUGCGUGUGGUAGGAUGUCUAUGACCCUGUUAACAUGCGUGUGGUAGGAUGUCUAUGACCCUGUUAACAUGCGUGUGGUAGGAUGUCUAUGAUAUGACCCUGUUAACAUGCGUGUGGUAGGAUGUCUAUGACCCUGUUAACAUGCGUGUGGUAGGAUGUCUAUGACCCUGUUAACAUGCGUGUGGUAGGAUGUCUAUGACCCUGUUAACAUGCGUGUGGUAGGAUGUCUAUGAUAUGACCCUGUUAACAUGCGUGUGGUAGGAUGUCUAUGACCCUGUUAACAUGCGUGUGGUAGGAUGUCUAUGAUAUGACCCUGUUAACAUGUGUGUGGUAGGAUGUCUAUGACCCUGUUAACAUGCGUGUGGUAGGAUGUCUAUGACCCUGUUAACAUGCGUGUGGUAGGAUGUCUAUGACCCUGUUACCAUGCGUGUGGUAGGAUGUCUAUGACCCUGUUAACAUGCGUGUGGUAGGAUGUCUAUGACCCUGUUAACAUGCGUGUGGUAGGAUGUCUAUGACCCUGUUAACAUGCGUGUGGUAGGAUGUCUAUGACCCUGUUAACAUGCGUGUGGUAGGAUGCCUAUGACCCUGUUAACAUGCGUGUGGUAGGAUGUCUAUGACCCUGUUAACAUGCGUGUGGUAGGAUGUCUAUGACCCUGUUACCAUGCGUGUGGUAGGAUGUCUAUGACCCUGUUAACAUGCGUGUGGUAGGAUGUCUAUGACCCUGUUAACAUGCGUGUGGUAGGAUGUCUAUGACCCUGUUAACAUGCGUGUGGUAGGAUGUCUAUGGUAUGACCAUGACAGUAAAGAGUGUAUUUAUGGAAAAGGUUCUCUCAGGUAGAGCAGUCUGUUAACAUGAUCCUACAUUAUAUACAUGGUUCUCAUACGUCUAUAACACUGUUAUAACACAUUGUAACAUCUCAUACGUUUAUAACACUGUUAUAACACAUUGUAACAUCUCAUACGUCUAUAACACUGUUAUAACACAUUGUGACAUCUGUUAUAACACAUUGUAACAUCUCAUACGUUUAUAACACAUUGUGACAUCUGUUAUAACACAUUGUAACAUCUCAUACGUUUAUAACACUGUUAUAACACAUUGUGACAUCUGUUAUAACACAUUGUAACAUCUCAUACUUCUAUAACACUGUUAUAACACAUUGUAACGUCUCAUACGUUUAUAACACUGUUAUAACACAUUGUAACGUCUCAUACGUUUAUAACACUGUUAUAACACAUUGUGACAUCUGUUAUAACACAUUGCAACAUCUGUUAUAACACAUUGUACCAUCUCAUACUUCUAUAACACUUAUUAACACAUUGUGACAUCUGUUAUAACACAUUGUGACAUCUGUUAUAGCACAUUGUAACAUCUCAUACUUCUAUAACACUGUUAUAGCACAUUGUAACAUCUCAUACUUCUAUAACGCUGUUAUAACACAUUGUAACAUCUGUUAUAACACAUUGUGACAUCUGUUAUAACACAUUGUAACAUCUCAUACUUCUAUAACACUGUUAUAACACAUUGUAACAUCUCAUACUUCUAUAACGCUGUUAUAACACAUUGUAACAUCUGUUAUAACACAUUGUAACAUCUGUUAUAACACAUUGUAACAUCUGUUAUAACACAUGUAAUGUUGUUAUUGCUGUUUUAUUGUGAUCCCUGUGAUUUUCAUGGAGGCUGAAGCCUUGAGGUGUUUGGUCUGACAGACGGCCGUUAACUGGACAGUCUUUGGUUCCUCCCCCGAGCUACACGCAGAUAGACGCAGCAGGCUGAGGACCUGAUUGGUUGGCGAUGAAGGAGUGUCAUUGAAACGCUUUGCAGCAUCACUUGGCCUUGACUACUCUCUAGCUGCUGCUGCUGCUAUCACCUGUCACUGCCAGACCCUAACCCCUGACCCCUAACCUCUGACCCCUGACACUAAACCCAGCCUCUAACCUGCCAGACACUCUGUUAGUCUCUGUUAGUGUGUGAAACUACUGUCUGUACUGUGAUUUGAAUACUCAUUGCUUUCUCCUGAUGAAUACCUACUGAAUAAAGCAUCAGGUGUGUAAACACAA